AUGGCCCUCCCCAUCCGCCUCAUCUGGAACCUGCAGAUGCCGCGCGCCGAAAAGCUCGCCGUCGGCGCCCUCUUCUGCUCCGGCCUCGCGUGCAUCGCCAUGGCGGUGCUGCGCGUCGUGCAGAUCGGCGUCAAGGCCGGCAACGACUCGACGCCCUCGUCGUCGUGGCUCGCGCUGUGGGCCGAGGUCGAGGCCGCCAUCGCCGUCUUCAUCGGCUGCUGCCCGGCCUUCGCGGCGUUUUAUCGCACGUCCAAGAGCGAGAGCAGGGGCGGCGCCGGCGGCGGGUAUUCGAAGCCGAAGGAGAAUAGGAGUGGGGGGAGUGGGGGGAGCGGGGGGAGUGAGGUCGGUGGCGGUGGGGGGAUUGGAGGGAGGAGGGGGGGUGGUGCUGGGUUGGGGAAGGAUUUGGAAGAGGGGGUGGCGUUGCAGGGGAUUACGGCGGGGUGCACGGCGGGGGGGAGGGGGAAAAGGGAUGGUGCUGGUGGUGCUGGUGGUGGUGGGAGUAGCAGCGGCGGCGGUGGUGGUACGGCGAUCCGUGGCAGGAGCCCGCGCCGGGGCAGCAACAAGACGGCGAGCACGUAUUGGGAUGAGGCGAACAGCUCGCAGGAGGAGUUGGCCAAGGGUGCGCAGGGGAUUUACGUGACGAGGAGUAUUCGG